UCUACUCAUCAUCCAUCUAUCUUUUCUCUCGCUUUCACACACACAUAGUUCUCAAAAAGAACAUGGGCAAAGACGUUGAAGUUGGUGGUCAUGACUACAGCGCAAAAGAUUACGAGGACCCUCCACCGGCUGCCUUUAUUGACACCGAGGAACUCACGAAAUGGUCUUUUUACAGAGCCAUCAUUGCUGAGUUCAUAGCCACCCUUUUGUUCCUUUACAUCACCGUCUUGACUGUCAUCGGCUACAAGUCUCAAACCGAUCCCGCCCACAGCUCCGACCAGUGCGGUGGCGUAGGAAUACUAGGCAUCGCUUGGGCCUUCGGUGGCAUGAUCUUCGUCCUCGUUUACUGCACCGCCGGCAUCUCCGGAGGACACAUUAACCCUGCGGUUACGUUUGGGUUGUUCUUGGCUAGGAAGGUGACACUCCCGAGGGCAGUGAUGUACAUCGUUGCUCAAUGCUUGGGGGCUAUCUGCGGUUGUGGUCUUGUUAAGGCUUUCCAGAAGACUUACUAUAAUACUUAUGGUGGCGGCGCCAACGAGCUCGCCGACGGUUACAGUAAAGGCACUGGCUUGGGUGCUGAGAUCAUCGGGACAUUUGUUCUUGUAUACACCGUCUUCUCCGCCACUGAUCCCAAGAGAAAUGCACGCGAUUCCCAUGUCCCUGUGUUGGCACCUCUUCCUAUUGGAUUUGCUGUGUUCAUGGUUCACUUGGCAACAAUCCCAAUCACCGGCACCGGAAUCAACCCUGCUCGUAGUUUUGGCGCUGCCGUCAUGUAUGGAAAAGAUAAGGCAUGGGAUGAUCAAUGGAUAUUCUGGGUGGGACCGAUGAUUGGAGCCGCCAUCGCCGCCUUCUACCACCAGUAUGUGUUGAGAGCAGCGGCAGUGAAAGCUCUAGGAUCCUUUAGAAGCAAUGCUUAAUUAAGCCAUGCACGAUUGAGUAGUCUCCACUCUCCAUUGUUCUUCGGAAGAAAUUGUACAAAUUAAUUUUCCAUUUGGCUAAAGGUUCUCUCCGUCAAAUGUGUGUGAUCUUUAAGGCGUCUUGGUUUUUUAAAUUUGCCCAAAGGGUUCUGCUGUUAAUUUUUAGUCCCUUUCUUUUCUUUUAGUAAUCCAGUCUCUCUUGUUUGAUGUAAUCGGUGAACAGGUGCCUUUCCAGCCUAUAUAAUAAAAUCUUACUUUUGUUUGAA